ACAAGGAGGAAAUACUUCACCCAAUUCUUGGAAACCUAUAUAUUUUGACACAUUUGAAAAUUCCAGACAAGUUUUUAACAAUAGCUUGCUACACUUUUACAAUAAAGUUAGCAGCUCAGCAAGUAAGACACUUUCAAAGAAUUAUCUAUUUCUGAAAGGCUUUACGUUGCUUAGAAAAGUUGUAAAAUGAAGUUUCAUGCCGUCUUGCUGUUUGUCUUUUUCACCGAAUUACUUUUACAGAUGGGUGAUUGUCAAAAGAAGGAUAAAAGGACCCCAGAGCGGAUUGCAAAAAACAAGCAAAAAACAGCUGGACAGAAUAAAAUUAGAGUAAUGGAUAAAAAAAAUAAGGCAAGAAGUCAAAAGGUGCGAAAGCAGAAAGUGUUCAUCGAUAGAGACCUAAAGCCCACUUUCAUCAUGACCCAAGUUUUGGACAAGGGCCGUUUCCAGAAACCAUCAGAAACACUGAAUCUAUCCAUUGGACAGGCUCUCGAACUGCGCUGCAAAGGCGAUAACAUUGGCUGGGGUUACCCAUCCAGUCUAAACAACUCCAGGUUAAGUAUAAUUCAGCACCGUAAAUACAGUCAGCUCAUACUUAACAAUGCGAGGACUAUGGACACUGGAGAAUACAGCUGCUGGGUAAUCCUCUGCGAUGGGCUGGAGUGUAGCAAAGAUGACCUGAAAACGGGCAAAACAUAUAUCUACUUCACAGAUCCAGCUGAACUAUUUGUGCCAUCUAUCAAUUAUUUUGAUAUAAUCUACCUUCGACCUGAUCAGCCUGCUGUAAUCCCUUGUCGGGUGAGCACGCCUUUGGCCAGUGUCACAUUGCACCGAGAAUUCCCUCCUCAAGAAAUUCCUGCCGAUGGAUCCCUCAUUAGCUAUGAUGCAAAGAAAGGAUUUAUUAUUCAUCAUCCUAAACUAGAGCAGAAGGGGGUUGUACACUGCACAGCAAGCCUGGAAGGAGCUCUGCAGACAUCUAGCAAUUACCUACUUCUUUAUGCUGAAGCUCACAGUCAAGCUCCAACUGCAACUAUAGAGGCUUCAAACACAGUAAAUAGUGGGGAGCAAGUUAAUGUGACCUGCACUGUUCUGGGAGACCCAGAUCUACAGGUGGACUUUACCUGGAAAUAUCCAGGACAGCAGGAUGAAAGGCCAGUGAUCAUCACCGAAAGCUGGAGAUUAAUAGAUCAACAAAGUGGACAUACUGUCAGGUUAUCGAAGAGUAUGCUAUAUAUUGAUAACGUUGAAACUAUUGAUGUAGGUAAUUAUAUAUGUACUGCUCAAAAUGUGCUAGGAAAAACAACAGUUGCCACAGAAGUGUUAUUUCCCUGAUAAUGGUGAUGAUUUGCUCAGCGGAAGCUUCAAGCCAGGUUCACCUGGGCACUGUGUGGAGAAACAUUGGGCGCUAGGCAGUACUGUAUCCUAUUUCUUCAAUGAACUUUUAUGUCAAAUGUUUGUUUCUUCUCUCACUGCAAGAUUAUCAAAUAUUCCAGUUAUAGUAUUCCAAUGUUUUUAAUGGCAUAAUUUUAGCAUCAGCUGCAUCAAACUAGAGUUUUCAUUUAAACUUCUUUACCUUAUUACAAGAAUUUCAGCAUCAAAGAUAUGUUAGGCCCAGUCAUACCUCAGGAGGGACCUUUAGUAACACAUCAGAACCAGGAAGUUUCACUCUGGUGAAAAGCCCAUCCAGCUGGAAGGAAACAAAAUAUUCAUUUCUCCAUCUGCUGGUUUCAAAUCAAUCAGCCAAUAAGCUGCAAUGGCUGCUUUUUGCCCUCUCCCACUGUGAUCCUUGACUGCCUCCUAUUUACUUGCUUCUCCUGGUGAAUCAUAAGAGACAGAAAAAUUAAUUUACACAUGUCAGCUGAGAACACCCAGCACCAUCUUCCAAAGAUCUUCCCACUGUCUCAGUUGAUAAGCUGUUUGUUAAAACCAUGCCAAAUAAAAGAUGGGUCCACUUUUUAAGUAUUGGGUUUAUCCAAGGAAUGAGUUUUCAGUUCACACCAUAAAUUCCUGCACUCUCCCUGACAGUUCUCCAAAGUAGAACCAAACACUCUGCAUACUUGAUGCCAUAUUCAACCCCAAAUUACCCACAUAUCCACACCCUCAAUGGAAUCAACCAUUUCACUUAUUUUUAACUUUCAGAUUUUGUGUACCUGUUGCUGAAACUCUUAUCCAUGCCCCAGUUGAGUCUAGACUUGAUCAUGCCAACUUGCACAUGACUAGCCCUCUACAUUCUACCCUUUGUAAACUGUGGCCAACCAAAACUUGGGUGCCUUUUAUGUAGCUUUCACCAUUCCAUUUAGUCAUGGCAUAUUUAGAUUCAGUUUAUUGUCAUUUAGAAACCACAAAUGCAAUGCAGUUAAAAAAUGAGACAACAUUCCCCCAGAAUGAUAUCACAAAAGCAUAUGACAAAACAGACUACACUAGAAAAUCCACAUAACAUUUGGCAAUCCCCAAUCCAGAGUCUGGAGAGGCUGCUGCGUAUUUUAAUAUCGUGCUACCGUCUUAGCGCAUUCCCCGGAAAGGAGCUCCAAAUCCACCAGACAAACAAGACCGAAAACUAAAGCUACAAGACCUGCACAAAACCACAUAGUUACAACAUAUAGUUACAACAGUACAAACAAUAGCAUAAUUGAUAAAAAAAACAAUGGGCACAGUAAAAAUAGUCCAAAGAUGUUAAAGGACUAUAAGUUCAAAAGAUAUCACCACGCAGUUUCCACAAGUCUCCACGGUCCCAACAGACGGUGGCAGAGGGGAAUACCCUCGCUAUGGACUUCCAAGGAGCCGCCCAACUCAGCCUCGCAGACGCAGCACACAACAAAAGCUCUGUCGAAACCAGCCUCACAGACGCGGCCCACACCGAAAGCAACCUAACCGCAGCGGACUCCGAGUCUGUCGAACCUUCGAGCCACCGACCAUCCCCUCUGGCACAGCUUCUCCGAGUACCAUCCUCUGCCGAGCGUAUUAAGACGGCCCCACCAACGGCCAUCGGCAACGCGACCCCGAGGACUGGGGGCCUGUUCUUCCCGGCAGAGUCCCGGACCUCACAGCAGCAGCAGCAACGAAGAAGGUCUUCCUGGAGAUGUUCCUCCGUGCUCCCAUGUCCAUUUUCAAUCGGUUAUGAUUGCGCAUGGCACCCCACUUCACGAAUAACAGAUAAUCAGCUCCGGAGUGGCCGCUGCAAGUUGCGUCGUGCCGCCAUCUUGGAAUGGCAUAUGCUUGUUGGCCUACUGUUGCUGUCAGUUAAGCAAUGAAAAGAUUUUAAAUUUUGCAUCCUUUCUUUCCACGAUCUUACCAUAAACCACCCCCACCCCUUGUCAUAACUCCAACAACCC